AUGUGCGAUGUGGCAGUCGUAACCGCACCUUGUGUUUCGUUUUCCCGGUUUCUCGGCAACACAAGCAAACCUGCUGCUGCUGCUCCGGAGUGUCUUCACUGUAGAGCGAUCUGUGUUUUGUUCAGGUAUGGCAAGCAGGAAGGCUUCGCGAAUCGUGAGCAACGUGAUGUGCACUGGGCUGCCCUCCAGCUUCAGCGAAAAACCCCAAUCCACAUUCAUGAGAAUGUGAACUCCUAUGCCGAGGUGGGGGCUUCAGUACACAGCAAGUCCCAAACUCUAGUGUUAUAUAUGCUGUCACCCAAGCUGUUCGGAAUUCCCAAUAACCGCGACCGCACGUACCGGAUCUUGUAUGACACUACAAAGAAGAGAUGGGGUCAGGAUCUUUCGCUGCAAGAGCUGGCAGAUCUCAUGCUUGCUGAGAGAGGGGUUCGUCUUCCGAUCGACUACUCCUGCUGGGCUGUGGCAAACCCAAAUGAUAUCAGAGCGGUCUAUGGCAUUGCUAACGUGGACAAGACCCACUUGCAUUUGCGCUUCUUCGAAGAAGAUGCCCCAGAUUCCACGGUGUAUGACCUGUCUUGCAACAGCAAGAAGAGAAAAAGAGUGGAGAACAAGGACGGGUCUUUGCAGUGUCUGACUACAGGAUGCCACUUUUGGAUGAAGGACAAGAAGAGGCUUCUGCUCGGCAAGGAAAAGCUCCACGUGCUGGGAUAUCCCUGCUGGGGUCCAGGAGCUCAGACAGCCAAGGUUGACCCUGUGGACAUGAGUGAUUUCUCUGAGAGCGCUCUCGACAAAAUGGCUGGGAAUGGGAUGACAUUGGCCUGCUGUGGUUUCGUUUGGCUUAUGGCGGUACUUUGCCUGGAGGAGAAACUCUUAGCAAACAUACGAGGUAACCUUGGCUUGAACGAUUGUUCUUGGAAUCGUUGCAUCGCAGGACCGGCCACGGCAAUCAUGAAUCUCCGGCCUCCGGCCGAUGAGUGGAUGUGA